UCUCCCCAUUUACCAGCACCAAAGGAUGUGAUGAUUCAUUCCUAUAACUUUCAUAGUUUGCUGAGGUGGUCUCCUGUUGAAGUGGAUGGAGGCUUAGUGUUAUACACAGUCAAUUAUAAAACAGGGGCCUUCAACAAGUGGGAUGAGAUGAACUGCACCCGGAUCACCCACACUGAGUGCAAUCUCCCCUGGUCACUUAAGGAGCGGCGCUGGACUCUUGUUUUGCGCGUGAGGGCUGAGCUAGGGCAAGUGACUUCUGACUGGGUGGAAACAGAUCCCUUUGUGGCAGAGAGAAACACUACUAUAGGGCCUCCUAAAGUGAACAGCGUGACUGUAGGCUCUGACUCACUUCUCAUUAGUGUCACACCCCCGUUCGGAUCUGAAGCAGGAUACUCUCUUCAGUAUCAUGUGUCCUACUGGGAGAAUGCAACAAGUUCUAUUAAAAAAGAGAAAAAGAUGAGCAAUACACUAUUCAAAAUCAGAAAUCUGAAGGAACUGACCCUCUAUUGUUUUAGAAUUCAAGUAGAAUUGUUGGCACAUCCAGAUUACCAGUUACUUGGACUGCAAAGUGUCCCAGAGUGUUACAGAACUACAAUCAGUGAGGCAAGCAGAACUGGAUAUAUUGUACUAAUAUUUGUGUUGGUGUUGCUUUUUGUAAAUCUGGUAGCAGUUGGUUUGUUAUUUCUGUGGAGAUACAACAAAAAAAUUAAAUACUGGUCUCAGCCACCUUUACAAAUCCCAUCACACUUUGAAGAGUAUUUGAAGGACCCGAACAUGCCUGUUCUAGAGGUGCUGCACAGUUACGCUGAGGAUGAUCCCGACAACUCAUCUGUUGUGUUUUGUGGAGGAGGCCAGGCCUGUGGUGGCAGUUUGGCUGGUCAGGCUCAUUCAAGCAGCAUCUCCAGUGACAGUGACAUUACUUAA